AGAGGGAACAAACCAAAGAAGUGAAAAAAAAACCCCAACUAGUUGUGUUUGCCAGCAUCAGCUGCAAGGAAGGAGCUGCAACAAGCUCGCACACACACGACUCAAUACAACACAACACAAGACAAGUUUACAGACUUACAGUACCAAUCGCACAGAAGCAACAAGAAACAGUUUAGAAUGGGAAGGCAAAAAGGUGAAGCCGCAAGAACCAAGGCACGCCCUUCUAGCAGCAGUCUUGCCGCGUCGCUCUUGACGUCGACUUCUUCUUCCUCCGCCGCCGCAGCCGCCGCCGCCGUCGGAUUCGGUGGUUAUGUCGGCAGUUCACGCCUUGAUCCUUCUCCUUCUACCGACGACUCUCUCCCAUUUCCCGAUGUAGAUAGCGAAAUCGCGGUGCACUUGAAGAGGCUAGGCAGGAAGGAUCCCACUACUAAGCUUAAGGCGUUGGGAGCUUUAUCUGUGCUGCUUCAACAAAAAUCUGCAAAGGACGUUCUUCUAAUUGUUCCUCAAUGGGCAUUUGAAUAUAAAAAGCUAUUGAUGGACUACAAUAGGGAGGUUCGGCGGGCCACUCAUGAUACAAUGACCACUCUCGUUGUCUCUAUUGGGAGAGAUUUGGCUCCACAUCUGAAGACUUUGAUGGGACCAUGGUGGUUUGCGCAAUUUGAUCCAGCCUAUGAAGUUUCUCAGGCAGCAAAAAGGUCUUUGCAGGCAGCCUUCCCCGCACACGAAAAAAGACUUGAUGCUUUGAUUUUAUGCACAACAGAGAUAUUCAUGUAUUUAGAAGAAAACCUAAAACUCACACCACAAAAUUUAUCUGACAAGGCUGUAGCUUCGGAUGAGUUGGAAGAGAUUUACCAGCAGGUGAUAUCAUCAACAUUGCUAGCAUUGGCCACACUUCUUGAUGUUCUAAUUUGCCAGCAAGAGCGACCUGGCUUUGAGAACGUAACUGCUGAACCUAAACAUGCUGCAAAGGCCAGGGUGACUGCUGUUUCUUUUGCUGAAAAGCUAUUAAUGGAUCAUAAAAAUUUUCUAGACUUCCUAAAGUCACAAAGACCUGCUAUCCGAUCAGCUACUUAUAACUUGUUGAAGAGCUUAAUAAAAAAUAUACCACAGGUGAUUAAUGAUGGAAAUAUAAAAACUCUUGCCACUGCAAUUCUUGGUGCUUUCAAUGAGAAGGAGACAACUUGUCAUCGCUCAAUGUGGGAUGUAAUAUUACUUUUCUCUAGAGGAUUCCCUGAUGGUUGGACCUCCAUGAAUGUUCAGAAAGGCAUACUGAAUCCAUUUUGGAAUUUUCUUAGAAAUGGGUGCUUUGGUUCCCAGCAGAUUUCAUAUCCAGCUUUGGUUUUAUUCUUGGAUAGUGUGCCUCCUAAGUCUAUAGAAGGGGAUAAAUUUUUUCCCGAGUUUUUCAAGAACUUGUGGAUAGGAAAAAGAACUUCUCUAUCUACAGAUAGAACAGCAUUUUUCCAGGCUUUCAAAGAAUGUUUUCUUUGGUCACUGAAAAAUGCGUCAAGAUUUAAUGAUGGAGUGGACUCAAUCAGGAAUUUCCAAAUCACUCUUGUUGAUAAAGUCCUAGUAAAGCAUUUAUGGCAGGAUUUCCUUACAGCUGGAAACAUGGAAGCUUAUGACAUAAUCAAUUCAGGAAAAGCUGCAGAUUCAUCUGAGGAAACUCUUAACAAGAAGACAGUGCUGAAUACGAAGGAUCCAAUGCCCUAUUUGCAAGAGUUGGGAAAAAGCCUUAUUGAAAUCCUUUCAGGAAUUUAUGUGUUAGAUAGGAAUUUUAUGACUGUUUUUGUUGUGGAACUUGAAAAGAAUUACAUGGGCAUUCUUCAGCAAGCAAGUAAUGUGGAGCUCAUUGAACGGAUCAUCUUGUUCAUGUCAUUGCUGGAGCAACAUGCAGUGGUCAAAGGUGCAAGUUGGCCGUUGGUCUAUAUUGUUGGACCAUUGUUGGCAAAGUCUUUCUCGAUUAUUAGAUCAUCUGAUACUCCAUGUACUGUGGGACUUCUAUCUGUUCCUGUCUCCAUAUUUGGACCACAAAAGAUAGUCCAAGAAGUUUUUAUUCAAAACAGAGGGUACUGUUCUAGUCAGCUUUCAAAUGAUGAAUUGGAAGCUGAGGAUUUUAUGCAAAUCUUCAAGAGUAUUUUUGUUCCUUGGUGUCUACAGGAAAAUAAAACCUCUACCAAAGCCAGACUGGAUUUGUUGUUGGCACUACUAGAUGAUGAAUAUUUUUCUGAACAAUGGUCUUUCAUUAUCGACUAUGUUGUUAACCGAAGUUCUCCUGGAUGCCAACCUGGGGUGGUGGAUGCCACCCAUGCUGCAAUGUUGGCUAUGCUCCUUGAAAAAGCAAGGAAUGAGAUUAUGAAUAGGAAAAAGAGAGAUUAUUCAGGUCAUAAAAAGGGCACUCAUGCUGAAGAUUGGCAUCAUGAACACCUGGAAUCAUUUGCUAUUUCUAUUUGCCGUUCUUUGCCUCCUUUUAGUGCUUCUCAUGUGCAAUUUAUGUGCUCUCUUAUUGGUGGUUCGACAGAAGGAAAUUCUACUGCUUUUCUGUCGAGAAGUUCAUUGAUUCUCAUCUACAAGGACAUCCUCCGGAAAUUAAUAAGUUUUAUUCAGGUUUCACCUUUUCUUUGGGUACAGAAUACAGCUUCUGUGUUAAGCGAUGAUGCAAAGUUAUCUGUGGAAGAUGAUAGUUCUCUCAACAUUGUUGAGAUUGCUAAGUUUGCUCUCGAGAUACUUGAUGGUAGUUUCUUUUGCCUAAAGACACUUGAUGGGGAAAGUGGACUUGUAUCAGGAGUUCUGUCUGCAAUCUUUGUCAUUGAAUGGGAGUCUAAUUUAAUUAAAGCUCUUGAUGAUUCGCUUGAUGACAAAUCAAUGAUUAAAACGAAAGCCAGGUUGUCAUUUGGUGAAUUUGUGUGCGCUUUCCGCAAUAAGUUAAAUGUUCAAUUUAUGAAAAGCCUUUGCUUAGAUAGCCGCAAGAGGUUGUUGAAUAUCUUAAUUCAAUCAGUAAGGUCUGCAGUUUUUGUUGAAGACGAACUAAUAAAUGAGAGAAUCAUAUCAUUGUGCUUUACCUGGGUGCUUCAAAUUCUUGAGUACGUCUGUUUGAAUGAAGAUGAGGAACAAACUCUGCUACAUCUGCUGCUUAGCAAGGGUGAAAUGUGGCCUGUGUUUGUGGUUCCAAGUUUCAGCUUGACAAAGGCUUCAGGACAUCAGAAGUUUGUAGCAUUAAUUGACAAGUUAAUCACGACGAUUGGGAUUGAUAAGUUUAUCCUGGGAUAUUCAGUGCACAAGCAAUCUACACUUGAAGUAAGUCAAGAGGGUGCCUCUCCUGCUUGUCUAGCUGCUGAAAUACUAUGUACAUGGAGAUGGCCAGGGAACAGUGCUGUGUAUUCUUUCUUACCUUCACUUGCUGCAUAUGCCAAAAGAAGUAUUUCUCCCCAGGCAAGCCUGUUAGAUGAAACAUUGAGUAUCUUGCUUGAUGGCGCUCUUGUUUAUGGAUGCAAUGAUACAAAGAGUUAUGUUACUAUGUGGCCAGUACCAGUUGAUGAAGUGGAAGGCAUUCAAGCACCAUUCUUAAGAGCUCUUGUUGCCUUUCUGUCUACUUUGUUCAAAGAGAAGAUAUGGGGGGCAGAGAAGGCAUUGAGUCUACUUGAGCUCCUUGUAAAUAAGCUUUUCAUUGGUGAAGCUGUUAAUACAAAUUGUCUUAACAUUCUUCCUUUGCUUAUAAGUAUACUUCUAGAACCAUUGUACAAUGAUAUGGAGCCUGGCAGAGAUGCUCAACCUUGUUCUUCAGAAGAAAAUUUUGUCCAAAAUACUAUGAUAGACUGGCUGGAGAGGACUCUAAGGCUCCCACCUUUGGUCACGUGGAAAACAGGACAAGAUAUGGAAAAUUGGCUUCAGUUGGUUAUAGCAUGUUACCCAUUCAGUGCAAUAGGUGGUCCUCAAGCGAUAAAGCCAGCAAGAAGUGUCAGCCCUGAUGAGAGGAAACUUUUGUAUGAAUUAUUCCAGAAGCAAAGGAAUGUUGCUGGUGAAUCUGCAUUUGUCAACCAGCUUCCAGUGGUCCAGAUGCUGCUAUCAGAACUAAUGGUUGUUUCAGUAGGCUAUUGCUUGAAUGAAUUUAGUGAUGAAGAUUGGGACUUCCUGUUUUCUAACCUAAGGUCUUGGAUUCAAUCAACAGUCGUUAAGAUGGAGGAUGUAGCUGAAAAUGUAAAUGGUCUUGUUGACAGUUCAUCGGAUAAUUUAGAUCUGAUGUAUAAGAAAAUUGAGGAAGCAGUUUUGAUUUCAGAUCCAUUUCCUAUAAAGAUUUGUGAAAAUGCUCUGUUGUCAUUUUCACUUCUCCUUAAGCAGUGUAAACUUCAACAAGCUGAAGAAGGAGAUAAUUUGAAUACAAUGAAAUCCGAAAAAUUGGAAUCUGUUAAAGAUCGAAUUUUAGAGGGUAUCCUUCGCCUAUUAUUUUGUACUGGCAUUUCUGAGGCUAUUGUAAAUGCAUGUUUCAAAGAAGCUGCAUCAGUUAUUGCAUCAUCACGUGUUGAAUACACCUACUUCUGGGAAUUGGUAGCUUCUUGUGUUAUUAACUCCUCAUCACAAGCUAGGGAUAGAGCUGUGAAAUCAGUGGAAUUUUGGGGAUUAAGUGAAGGUCCCAUUAGCUCGUUGUAUGCUAUACUUUUCACUUCGAAGCCAAUUCCUUUAUUGCAGUUUGCUGCAUAUUUUGUUCUUUCAAAUGAGCCCGUUAUAAGCAUGGCUGUCGUCGAAGAUAAUGUUAGUAACUCAGAUAUGUACGCGGGUAGUGACCAGGAAUUAACAAUAGAAGAAAAGGUCCAUUUGAAACAGGAAAUAUCUUCCAUGGUUGAGAAGGCACCUUUUGAGGUUCUUGAAAUGGACUUACUUGCACAGCAACGAGUAAACCUCUUCCUUGCUUGGUCAAUGUUGAUGUCACAUCUAUGUUCAUUGCCUUCAUCAUCAUCUUUGAGGGAGAGACUGAUCCAGUACAUACAAGACUCUGCUACUUCAGUUAUCUUAGAUUGUCUUUUUCAGCAUAUUCCUCUAGAUAUUUCCAUGAUUCAGAGUUUGAAAAAGAAAGAUGCAGAGCUUUCUGGUGGUUUAUCAGAAGCUGCAAGUGCUGCCACCCGUGCCAUAACAACUGGUUCGUUGUUUACUUCUGUGGAAUCUCUCUGGCCUGUUGAAUUGGUGAAAAUUUCAUCUCUUGCUGGUGCAAUGUAUGGAUUGAUGCUUCGUGUUCUUCCUGCAUAUGUACGUGGUUGGUUCAGUGAUUUGCGUGAUCGUAACACUUCAGCUGCUAUUGAAUCCUUUACGAGGACUUGCUGUAGCCCUCCUCUCAUUGCAAAUGAAUUGUCAUUGAUUAAGAGGGAAAACUAUUCUGAUGAGAAUUUCUCAGUUAGUGUAAGCAAAGCAGCAAAUGAGGUGGUUGCUACUUACACAAAGGAUGAAACGGGAAUGGAUCUAGUCAUUCGCCUGCCAGCAUCUUAUCCGCUAAGGCCUGUAGACGUUGAUUGUACAAGGAGCCUAGGGAUAAGUGAGACCAAGCAAAGGAAAUGGUUGAUGUCAAUGAUGCUAUUUGUCCGUAAUCAGAAUGGAGCUUUAGCAGAAGCUAUAGGAAUUUGGAAGCGCAAUUUCGAUAAAGAAUUUGAAGGUGUUGAGGAGUGCCCAAUCUGUUACAGUGUCAUCCACACUACCAACCACAGCCUUCCUCGCCUUGCUUGCAAGACGUGCAAACACAAAUUUCAUUCUGCUUGUCUUUAUAAAUGGUUUUCAACUUCUCACAAAUCGUCUUGUCCAUUGUGUCAGUCUCCAUUCUGAGUUUACUACUACUGCAGUGAUGAAUAUGACCAAUUUCGCAUGCUGCGUAUAUGGUCAGAAUGUGUAGAUGCCACAGAAUCAUCCCUUAUGUUUUGACAUCCGAAUUAUGGCUGCGCCUUGCAUAUGGAAACUAGUUCGCAAAGCUUAUAAUUUUAUGAAUCCAACUCCUUUCCAUUAAGCUUUUCUUCAAGCAGUGUGUUGAACUCGGUGAGCCGAGGAGGAAGCUUGUCUGUGAUUUUGCAGCGACAACUAACAGGGAUGACAUCUCUACUACUAAGGCUAGAGAAAGAUAUCAUUCUCCCCCCUGACUUAUCAGAUACCAUCUUUUCAAAUUUCUUGUCUUGAUUAGUUUUUCGCCACCACAGUAAUAAUAGUUUUGUUGUGUGUUGGUUAUGUCUAGAAUAGGGUCGGUUCCGAAACAGUGGAGGUUCUACAAGAGUACAGACAAUAACAUUUUUGUAAUCUAGAGAAUGAACAUGUGAUCAAAGAUUUGUUUGAACAAGAACAGUUGUAUAUAUACAUAUUAUUCAGUUAUCUAUAUUCACCAAUGAGCCAUGGGAACUUUUUUAAGUACAAAAACUCGACCGAUAUAGCCUGUUAUCCAAUAUGCAUUUGCCAACACGUUUUGACCUCAAGUGAAAAUAAAUGGAAGCAAAAAGAUGGAGAAUAUUUUAGCUUAAUAAAUCAUUAUUC